UUUUAUUUUAUACUUGUUUUUCAAAAAUGAAUUCCAACUUGUCGCAAUUUCAAACGCUUCCCCUUGACAUAGUCAAUUUAAUUGUCUUGUACCUUUUCCCCUCUGCCAAUUCAAGAAAUGAGUCGAUUCUGGUCACAGGUUUUCAUUAUGAACUAGCUGCUGCUCUCAUUCGGUGCUGCCACGCUUGGCGCACGGUCAUUAUGGAGCGUCUCUGCCGCGAAAUCACCAUGGAGUGCUUUUCUGACGGUACAGUGGGCGAUAUGUCCUUUAAACGCUGGCCUAAGUUAGCCUGUACUCCAACGUUUCGGAUUACCCAUCUUGUGAAAAGGGUUGUUGUAGUUGUAUGCACUGGGCCGAGUGCAGAUGGGCCUCGAGCAAAGCAUCUAAUCAGCAGGUCUAGCCAGCCCAGUUUUUUCUUUCCGAAUGCCAUUGGGUUAAAGGUUGUUUUGCCUGACUACAGGGAUAGUCGUUCUGUCGGCGCAAAUCUUACUGAACUUGGUGCGAGCGAGUUUGCACAAAAUAUCAAGCGGAUGGUUCCAGCGGUGCGUGACGUUGCAAUCCACAGCAUUGAUCCACAUUACGCAGAUGGUUAUGACAUGGCCAACGACCAUCUCUUGGGCAGGUUCAGCAUCGAUUUGUGCCAGUCAGUGAGCCAAGUGUCCAUUAAAUGGUCAUGCGGUGUGCAACAAUAUGAUGUGGGAUUAGAGUGGGAAGAUGGGCUUACAGACAGAAAGUAUGAGGAUUCACAACGCGACCACCACGCUUUGUUUGAGCUCAUUCGUCGGAACGCAGGCACGCUGCAGUCGCUCGAUGUGCGUUUGAAAGAUGACCAAAAGAUUAGCGAUCUUUGCAGCGACGACUCUGGCUGUGCCAUCGUUUAUCCACUCCUCGAAAAACUUAUCAUCUACAGUCAUAGGGACUCAUACUUCUCCAUGUCUGAUGCUGAUCAAACAGUUGCAUUUCCGACGCUUAAAUAUCUUAUUGCCCAUGAUUACUUUGAUCAUGCCGAUCACGCGUUUAAAGGAAUCAGCAGCACGCUUGAGUACCUGUUUUUGGAGCUCAGCACCGAUACCGUUAGAAGGCUUGAACAGAGCGGCAUCUUUACGACGAACAAGCUUCCGAAACUGCGCAAACUAAUACUGAUCAACGUGGGCAAUAAUAAUGUCAUUGGAAUACCAGCAGCCGACGCAAUGCGAUUUGCAAUCAAGAUCCUUGAUACAGCACAGUUUGUGCGCGAAAUCUCAAUCCCCAAUUAUUUUGAUAAGAGCGUGUUUUAUACCAGUAUUCAGUCGACAACAGCGUGGACCAGCAGCAUUCGGUUGGUUAGUAUGUGGGAUGGUGCGUCUUUUGAAAACAUUGUGCUCUUACUUAAACAUCUUCCUGCCUUGCGGAAACUUGAUUGUUCUAUCAACGGACAGGCCAUUGGCACCGGCGGUUACGACGACUACUUUGACGAACCGGUCGAUGUCAUUUACCAAAACAAUUAUCCGGUCGGGAGGUGCUUUACCACCUGGUAUAUAAAUAAUAAUGGUACAGGUUGCCUUAGUCAUAUUAUGACAGUUAUUGCACUGGUUGCCAUUAUAUGCCCCACGUUUACACGCGCAUUUAUCGAUGGCAGUAUCUACUACCAUCUAAUUUACAGACCAAUUUGGAAAAACGCAAAUGGUGAUUUUGGCAAGUACGCUGACCGACUCCAAAACGUCAAAUAUUUGAAUAGAAGGACUUAUUAUUAGUAAACUUUAU